AUGCCCAUUCCUUUCGAGACACUUUUGCCCUACGGCAUCAUGAUUGUCAUGUUCGGAGCAACUGGCACGGGUCUUGCAGCCCUGAAGACGUGGCAUAACGAGGGCAAGAACCCACGAUACUCUCUUGACCAGUGGGACAGGCAAAUGCAACAACGUGACCGUCGGUUGACAGGUUCCAUAACAGGACAAGUUGCUCAGGCUGUAGCACCACCCGGGUUUGAGCUAAACAACCCUUGGAAGCUUGAGAAGCGUUAUUCAUAA